AUGCACGCACCGCAAGAUUCCGAGCAUGUCGCAGCAGAACAGGAAGAUGUCCUGGUGGCGGCCCUGCGAUCUCUCGACAGCAACAUGAAACGGCCAUCUCCGUACUUCGACGACCUCGAUGCUAUCGCAGCCGGCAAAUCUGGACGCGGCAGCGAGCAGGAGGAGGGGGAGGACGAGGGAGCCAUCCCUGCGAAAGCACUGCUUAUGUUUCGAGGCGUUGUCAAGAUGGUCGCCGUAGCACGUGACAGUACUGAGCCGUUUACAUUCGAGGGUGUGGACUACAGCGCGGCGGACCUUUACGACGCCAUGGACAAGGAAGACGAAGAGGAACUUGGGGAUUUCGGGGAUUCUGCCGGCGGGAGUGCUCCCACUGGUAGUUCAUCGACGGGUGGUGCAGUCGGAUCGGACGGGGGUGGUUCCGCCGGAGGGAGUGGCAGCAACACGGAGCGCAAGGGCCCACACUGCAUGAUGCGGCUCGUUGGGAUCCUGUGCGAAGACUUUAUCCGCCCACUUCUCAUCGAUAGCCGCUUCCAGGCGACCCGGCAGGAGCUGGACACCUCAACAGUCGGGCCGCGGAACGAUUUGUGGACAGAGGUCACCGACCGCUUCCGAGACCCUGACCACAAGGUGAGAAAAAUCGUGGACGACGAACAAGUGAAUCACGUCGACCCGAACAUCAUCCAGCAACCAAACAUCUCGUCGGAAAAGCUUACCAAGAUGUGGGCUGUGGGAAAGGGGAGGUGGAACCCGUCUUAUGCCAACUGGAAGGGUGAAUCCGGCAACAACCAGCCAUGGCUUGCAUUUUGCCAAGGUAAGGGGUGGGUGAGGUGGGGCUGGGUAUAA